AUGAAGAUGAAUCAGGCAUCAGAUUCACUCGUUCAGCACAUACAUGAGGCAUCCACAGUCAAGGCCAAUCACAAACACCUCAAGCUAGAGACCCAAUUGGCAAGCAGAGAGUUGAAGAUGUGCAAAUCUCAUGCUGAGCGUGAACAUGGACUCCAGAGCACAAUGGCCAUUCAAAACCAUGAGCAUGCAAUGGCAGAUGAAUGGAUGAAGCAGCUGGAAUUGGAGAUCAAGCUUGAGCAAUUUGCAACUCACAAAUUCCUUACUGCAUUCUAG